AUGGUGCCCAAGACGCUUAAGAUCCUUCAGCUCAACGUCCACAAACGGAGAGAAGUGCAGCAGAGUCUGCUAAACGAGGAGGGACUCAAGGACUUCGCAAUGCUGGCCAUCUCCAAACCAUAUGCCAGGCUGAUCGAAGGCUCGGUGACGACGGUCCCAAUGAGUCACUACAACUGGACGAAGCUGAUACCAACGACAAGACGAGAGGCGACGUGGCCAAGUCGGAGCAUGUUAUGGUCUCAUUCGCCUCGCAAUCCCCGAGCAAGCCAGCCCUCAAUCUACGGUCCAGCAGCCAUGGCGCCGAUCACUGAAGACAAGACCGUCACCCAGAUCCUGACUGGUCCCAGCACCUGGGUCAGUUGGCAUCGCGAGUUCACAAACACAAUGGACGCCCUCAAGCUCCUCGAAUACUUCCAGGGCACCAAAGAACUCCUGACCGAGCCACGAUCAUCGGUCAAUCCGCUGCGAAUCAUGGAACGGGCGCAAGAACGGCGCAAGAAGAUCGCAGAAGAGAAGGGAGUGGCCAUCCUUGCGCUCACAGAUGAGGAACUCGAAGGCGCCACCGAAGCGACGCUCGAUAUCUCGACAGCGACCACUCCUCCCGACAGCGAAACAGAGGGAGAACAAGCCUCCGGGGCACCCACUGCCGCACAGAAGAGGACCGCAGGGAAGGCAGUGGACGACUAUUUCCAGACCUACGGCCUGUUCAUUCUUCAAUCCAUUCAGAACCUUCACGACAACCGCCGUAAGGACUGGACAGCCCAGUCCACCAAACUCGACAAAGCUCGAACCUUUCUCAACACCACUGUCGCGAUCACCCUCCGCAACGCACACUUUUCAACCGGCGGGAGUCUCCGGGACUGGUACAAGAACCUAAAAGCCGUCGCGGAGGCUCGCCACGAAACAAUCAGCGCCCUGCGUGGCAGGAUGAGCGACCACUACACUGCCCUAAAAGGGAAGGCCAUCACCCAGGCCGACUUUGGUCAGUGGCUGACUCAGUGGGAGACCCUGAUGGGCGAGGCAACCAUGUACAAGCUCCCUGAGGUCUCCAAUGAAGGAUCCUGGUUCGAAGACUACGCUCGAGCCGUGGGACCGAUCGUGCCACUAUAUGCAGCACUGGUACGGUCCAACCGCCUCACCAACCCGAACCUGGGUUACAGAGAGAUCGCCACCGAGGCGCGGCAAACAACUAUCCCCCUGCUGCCCUCGACGACAGGCGCACGCAUUCAGAAGGGCGCAUUUCCGUCAUUCAACCCCAGUGAUUCAAAUGAGUCUGGGAAAGCUAGCAAGGCCUCCCACAAGCGCAAGAACAGCACUCUUCCUACCGAAAAGGCCAAAUGCCGCCUCUGUCACGGAAGACAUCACAUGGAGCGCUGUGCCUACAUCAUGCCACACCUGGCACCUGAAGGCUUCCAAAUACGGGACCACGUCAGAGAACGUGUGGACCAGAACAUAGCCUCAGACUCCUCAUUGAAGGCCGAGGUCGAGCGCAUUCAGAACAAGCGAACCAAAAACUCUAAGCAACAACCAGAUGCUCCGGCGCAAGGCCAUUGA